GAAGCUUUGACCGCGUCGGAACGUCUCGCGCGUAUACUCGUUGGUCCGUAUUUGACGUGCCAAUAGUCCUCCGUGAAAACUAAUUCUAUCUAAAUAAAUUCAAGUUAUUGAUAAAUUAAAUAUUCACCUCUAAAUAAUCAAAGGUACGUUCGUUCCGGAACUGAAUUAAUCCAGUGAUGAAAAUGUUAUACAACUAACAUAAUUAUAGUAUACCAUUUUAUCGCGCCGCGUAUCGUCCGCAAAAUAAUAUCGUGCAAUAUACUCGACUACCUGUGUUUUUUGUUGUGUUUUUUUUCCCUUGCACAUAAGAUUUUUUUGUAAAGAAGUGCAAAAAAUAUAAUAAAAAAUAAUUAGAAGAAACAAUAAUUGAGUUCAGCUAAAAACUUUUACACCCAAGAAUUACGCGCGUUAACACAUCGCCGAUUUGAAUAUACAUAUAAUCAUCGUAGCAUAGUAGCAGGUAAGCAACAUAAAGCGAGGCAGUUUCCGGGAAGUGACCCCAGCUGCGACCCCGGAGGCCUUUGUUGGGAUUUGCACCUCCGAUUUACUGUGUGACAAUCGGUACUUCACGUAACUCGAGAACGAACGUAUAACCUUCGAAAUGAAUGAGAAUUUCGUCGACGAAGAAACCGGGGAACGACUAGAACCAGCGGCUCUGAGAGGCUGCAAAUCUGUCCUGAAUUUCACUGACCCCGAAAACAACAAUCUCGAAACUGGCGAACCCGAAGAAGCUGAAGAAAAUCAUCCGUCUCGGCGACGAGUUCCAUUCCAGAUACCUCGAGCUCUUCAGAAGCAACACGAGCAAGACGAUGACCUGCGAUUAUCUGACGGUGGUAAAAGGCACCCAGAAAAUGCACCAAAAUCAAGAAGAUUUCCAAUCUCAGUUGAACCAUUCGGUCAAACGAGUCCAAUCAUGCUUUUGAUACCGAUAAUCUUCUAUUUUCGUUGGGUAAUAGUUGUACUCAUGUGCUUGGAAUGUUUCCUCCACAUUUGGGCGCAUCACAAGAAUAAGUAUUUGAAAGAUGCGGACGUUUACUUCAGAUCCCCUUUUCACUCAAUCAGUUCAGAAUUCUGCGCUCUUUGCCAAAGCAAGACUUGUAUGGAUCGGAUUGGAAAAAUGCAGGCGAUAAGGGCCGACAAAUUUUUACGCCAGUGUAACUACAUGAAGAGGGUUGUUACCUGAAAUUGGGACGGCUUAUUUUUAGAAAUGGAAGAAAAAUAAAUUUUAAAAAGAGCAACAAUAAAUAAAUAAAUAAUUAAUUGAAAUCCAAGUGCUUUCGGACAGUGUAUUUAUAUGUGUAUAACAUAUGUAAUAUUAUGUUACGCAAGCGAUUAUCGUGUACACAAUUUUGAUGAUGUGCGUUGCCUGCUGUUGCCAGGAAGUGCUUGACGAAACGGAAGAAGGAUUUAUUUUUUCUGAGAUGAUAAGUUAAUGACAAUAAUUGAAAUUGAUAUAACUCGUGGGAAUUAGCAAUGGUAAUAUAAUUAUAGUAUAAGAGCUAUACGCGCUGUAUAUUUUGGAUUUGGAGUUGACUUUUUUAAUUCAAAUAAAUAUGUUAUGUUUUAUAUAGUAAUAUUCGUUUAUCGGUUUACCGUAAAUGCGACACAAGCGUUCUUUAAAUACACGCAUACGAUAUUAUUUCGUCGCAUUUAAUAUUUUUUUACGUUAUAUCGCUAUAGAUAACUACUAAAAUAUCACCUUAGAUCAUCAUCCUAUAGGGGCAGACGUAAACGAAUUAUUCAAAAUUAACGGAUCCCUAAGUUGUUAUGCGUGCGACAAAUUUUUGACUGUUCUAUUAUACGAUAGUAAUAGUUUUAGUUGAAAAUAAAUAUAAUUGGCACGCA